ACGCAGCUUUAUACCACCAUCAAACUUGCCAUUGAAGACAAACCUCACAUCUUGGUCUACUGCCUCAUGACAAAAGUUGUUCUGCCGCCCUUUUUUUCCCCGUCUGUCCAUGAUACGUAAAGGAAAUGUCAAGCCCAGCGAAGAAACGGAAGCUCAAUGAUGGUCGAGGCUCUUCCGCCAUCCCCGCUCGUGGCCUGGAAUACUUCUUUUCCAAGCAAAGACACAAUGGUUCAUCGGAGUUAAGUACUCGUGACAAUACGCCCCGAUUGGCGACCGAUGAGAGGCCAGCACCUGAGUUGACAGACGAAGAGCUCGCGAGGAAGCUCCAAGCUGAAUGGGAUCAGGAAGUGCAAAAUGAGAGGGCUGCGGAAUCAGGUGCCGUGGUCUUAUCUUCUGGGCGGCAGUCCAGCUCAGCCUCAAGCCCGGAGAAGGAUAUUCCAGGGUCCAAACCUGACUCUUCACAACCAACUGGGCCCCCCAAACCAGAGAUAAAAACACUCUCGCUUUCUUUUGUCGCCACUGCCGAGGAUACCGUCUCGUCUUCGAUUCCGUUCCAUCAAAAUCCCUUGACCUUUGAACCGUCAGAAUAUACCGCCAGACUCAGGGAGAGUUGGGCUUCUGAGGACGGGAACGCCUCGUAUGCUUUGCUCACAAGAUGCUUCGUGUUGGUGAACAGCACUCAAAGCAGGAUCAAAAUCGUUGAUACUCUAGUCAACUUCAUCCGGGUCCUGAUCGAAGCAGACCCAGACAGCUUACUCCCAGCUGUUUGGCUCACGACUAAUGCGAUCUCCCCACCGUACAUUUCCUUAGAGCUAGGCUUGGGUGGUUCUGCCAUCUCCAAAGCACUCAAGAAAGUGUGCGGUCUGGAUUCUCAGUCAUUGAAGAGGAUUUACGACAAGUACGGCGACGCAGGGGAUGUCGCCUUUGAGGCCAAGAAGAAACAGAGCUUCACACUUCGAAAACCGAAGCCGCUGACCAUCAAGUCAGUGUACCAAUCAUUGGUCAAGAUUGCGAACAGUCAGGGCCAAGGUAGCGGGGAGGUAAAACAGCGCUUGGUCGAUCGCCUGCUUCAAGACGCGAGAGGAGGAGAAGAAAGCAGGUAUAUUGUCCGGACACUCUGCCAGCAUCUUCGUAUCGGUGCAGUGAAAACGACCAUGCUCAUCGCCCUCUCCAGAGCUUUUCUUCUCUCACGUCCCGCUGGAUCAGACUUCCCGCUGCGGUCUCGCGCAGACCUAGCCAAGCUCAAAAAAGACGAGCUGGCUGAGGUGUGGGCCAAAGCGGAGGAGAUCGUUAAGGCGUGUUUUGCUCGACGUCCGAACUACGAUGACCUAGUCCCGGUCCUCCUGGACAUAGGCGUGUGUGAGGAGUUACUAAUCCGUUGCGGGCUCACAUUGCAUAUCCCUCUCCGUCCGAUGCUGGGCAGCAUAACACGAGACCUUUCCGAGAUGCUCAUAAAGUUGCAGGGGAGAGACUUUGCGUGCGAGUUUAAGUAUGACGGACAGCGUGCCCAGAUUCACUGCGACGAGAAGGGACAUGUCAGCAUCUUCUCCAGGCAUCUCGAGUUGAUGACCGACAAGUAUCCUGACCUGGUUGCUCUGAUGCCUAAAAUACGCGGCGAGGGGGUUGACAGCUUCAUCAUGGAAGGCGAAGUCGUUGCCAUUGAUACGGAGACUGGCGAGCUGAAGAAUUUCCAGACACUGACAAACCGUGCGAGAAAAGACGUCGCAGUCGGAAGCAUUCAGGUCGAGGUGUGUCUAUUCGUCUUUGACUUGAUGUUUCUAAAUGGGCAACCCCUUCUGGAUCGGUCGUUCCGGGAAAGGCGGGAGCUCUUACGGUCCAUGUUCAUUGAAGUCCCUCACAAGUUCACAUGGGUCAGGAGUCUUGAUGCCACCUCUCAAGAUUCGGAUGCGGUACUGGACUUUUUCAAACAGGCGAUAGAUAUGAAGUGCGAGGGCAUCAUGGUCAAAAUUCUCGACAAUCUGACGGAUGUGCCGUACCAGGGAGACGACAUGGCGGAGUCCGGGGAGCCGACCGAAGAAAAGAAGGCGAACGGCACUAAAGGGAAGCGAGAGACGGGGGGAGAUGCUACCGCGAAGAAGAAAUCACGACGCAAGCCGCUGCUUGCAACAUACGAACCGGACAAGCGCCUUGACUCCUGGCUGAAAGUCAAGAAGGACUAUCAUUCCAGUUUCGACACGCUGGACAUGGUGCCGGUGGCUGGUUGGCAUGGCCAAGGUCGCAAGGCGAAAUGGUGGUCCCCCAUCCUCCUCGCCGUCCGCAACGAAGACAGCGGGGCUCUCGAGGUGGUGUGCAAAUGCAUGUCCGGUUUCACGGACGCAUUCUACAAGGCCAACAAGGAAUUUUACGACGACGGCAGUAGUAGCGGUAGCGGUAGCGGUGAAAGCAAGAAUACCCACGCGUCCAAGCCGGCAUUCAUCGAAUACUCCGGGCCUGCGCCCGACGUAUGGUUCGAGCCUCAGGAAGUCUGGGAGGUGGCAUUUGCGGAUAUCACGCUUAGUCCGACGUACACCGCGGCGAUUGGGCUUGUGAGUGAAGACCGAGGGCUCAGCUUGCGGUUCCCAAGAUUCCUAAAAAAGAGGGAGGAUAAGGGGAUUGAUGAAGCUAGUACUAGCGAGUUCCUCGCAGGAUUGUGGAGGAAACAAGAAGCUAGGGUGCCCGUAGCUACAGCCGGAAACGGAGGCGAGGAGGAGGUGGGGGAUGGGGAGUGACGCUUCGAAUGAGCGGUUGCAUUUGAAGGCUACCAGAGGUGUUGCCGCGAGAACGUCCAUCUUGGUCCCAGAUUCUGAAUACGCCGGAGACAAAGCACGCUCUCAAUAUCCAGUCAACCCCCCUGAGAAGGGAUCCAGGUUCGGAAUAUUGGAUACAUAGAGCCAGCUUUCGAGCUUGAAGUGUAAAGCCAUGAUGCUUCACAGAGAAGCAGAACGUUGACUACUUCGGCUGGCGAGUCGUACAAGAUGGGCUCGUUGAAUUUGAACAAGAUAAAUCGGCCUGUACCGAAGAGCAAGCGUUUGAUACCCACCCAAAACCAUAACGGCCCCGGUCUGCUCUGUUCGUAU